CACCGUGUAGAAGCGCAACGACCCUGACGGGGAGGCGCAUUUUCUGGACCAAUUCUAUCAGACGACGGGGUUUCACAAGGCAGACCAAGAUUGUCAACAGAGAUGUCUUUUAUAUUUGACUGGAUCUACAAGAGCUUCAGUAGUGUCCUGCAGUUAUUAGGGUUGUACAAGAAGACUGGGAAGCUGAUUUUCCUCGGACUAGACAAUGCUGGGAAAACAACUCUUCUGCAGAUGCUCAGAGACGACAGGCUGGGACAGCACAUGCCAACAAUGUACCCAACAUCUGAGGAGCUGACCAUAGCUGGAAUGACAUUCACCACUUUUGACCUUGGAGGUCAUACACAAGCUCGAAGGAUCUGGAAGAAUUACUUCCCAGCAAUUAAUGGGAUAGUCUUUUUGGUGGAUUGUGCUGAUCAUGACCGUCUAGCGGAGGCUAAAGCUGAACUGGAUGCGCUGUUAACAGAUGAAACCAUCGCUAACAUCCCAGUUCUUAUCCUGGGGAAUAAGAUAGACCGUCCAGAAGCCAUCAGUGAGGACGGACUCAAAGGAAUGUUUGGUCUGCAUGGACAUACAACUGGAAAGGGUAAAGUUUCACUGAAGGAGCUGAAUUUGAGGCCAAUGGAGGUGUUCAUGUGUAGCGUGCUGAAGAGACAAGGUUAUGGAGACGGUUUUCGCUGGCUCUCUCAGUAUAUUGACUGAUUAUGGUAUCUUUUAAUAGCAUUAAUUGGACUUCGUUGCUGCCUGUACACACAAAAGCGUGUUUUGCAGAAAACUAUCUGCAGUAAGCAUAGGCUUUAUCAAAUAUGCCAUUUCUUGCACUUUGACAGCAAGUGAGGAAUACAUGUAAGCAUUAAUUUUCCUAUAUGAAGGUGAGGGUAGAGGUAAUCAUUUAUACUGCAUUGCUACCCUAUUUUUAAAGCAUGUAGAAAAAUAUGUGAUGCUGUGACCCGGUGUCAGAGCUGGGUUUAUAUUUGGCUGCUGGUGUUGACUUACUGUUGACAUUAUAUGGAUGAAGAAUCUCCCACUUGGGUUAAACUGUAUAAUUAAUCUGUUACAAAGAACUAAGCAUGAAGGUCAAUGCAAAUUAUGCUAAUAUUAACACAGUAGCAGUCACUGCUACCUCCUUAGAUACUGACCUAUGUAUUGAUUGCAUGUAGCGAAGAGCUUGUGGCUACAGAUGUCAUGAUAGCCUGACUGUUAAACAUAUGCAGGACAACUGCUUCAGCAUUGCUAAGUAAUGUAAGAAACUCGUAGUUUAAUGCAGGAAAGAUGCUACACUGUUAUCAUAAUGGGUCACCUGAGUACUUUGUGAUUAGUUGCUGCUCACAACAUGCAGUGAUUUUAUGAGAGUACCUGCACUUGAAUACAAUUAUGCACAUUUGCAGAAAGUAACGGUGCAACAGAUACAUAUAUUUUUUGUGUAAAGUACCUUAUUUAUAUUUAGAAAAAAUAGUCUUACCUCGUGUUAUAAAUGUCACACCGAAAUAUGAAGUGAAGUCUGUUACAAAAUGAUGUGAUUCUAUUGUAUGUGACAAUGUAGCACAAUAAAUACUUUUGGCAAUUA